AUGGCGGGUCAACAAGGAGGCAGCGGCUUACCUCCGACCUCGCCUCUCACCAUUCCCAUUCCGACCACUCACCACGGCGGCUCUCCCUCCUUCACUAGCCCUUCCAUCGACCCCAGCCUCGCGAAUAAUCAUAAUCUCUACCGCAGCGGGAACGCUUCCGGGGGCUCACCAGCCAUGGCGGCUUCCCGCGCUCCUCCCGCUUCCGACGACGAGCAGUCGCUGCUAGCCGGAGCCAAGGAGAUGGAGGCCGCGAUAUCUGCGUUAUUGCACGACCCGGAUUUAACUAAGCGUCAAGCCGCGAACGACUGGCUGAAUACCUAUUGCGGGCAGCCCGUGGUGUGGACCGUUGUCCUGUACUUAGCGUUCCCGCCGCCAGGAGCGGGCGUGGGCGGCGCGGCGGACGUUAGAUUCUUCGCGCUGAACAUCCUCCUAAAUAAGAUGCGGUCCGACUGGGGUCAGCUGUCGCCGGAAGAUGCGGCGGAGAUUUUCGAGACGCUGGUACGGCAACUGCCGGCCGCGCUGGCGCCGGGCAUGGAUCCCGUGGUGCGAUCGCGGCUGUGCAUCGUCAUCGGCGCGGCUGCUGCUCUAGCCGGCCCCAACACGUGCUAUGAGCUGAUGGAGGCGGUGGAGAGGCAGGCGGAGUAUGGGGUGGCGGUAGAGCUGCUCACAGCACUGGCGGAAGAGGCACUACUGCGCGCACGGGCGCACCCCAGAGAGGUGAUGGAGUGUCUGCAGGACUGCUGUCCCAAGGUGAUUCGACUGCUGGAGAGGGCGCUCACGUCCUCUGUAGCGGACACCCUGCCCCCCGACACCAUCGCCAAGAGCCUCACCUGCCUCGCCCGAUGGAAGCAAGCGGGGCUGACACUAUCGGAGCUACACCGGGAGCACGCGCCCCUGCACCAGGCGCUGCUGCUGGCACUGGCAUCGCAGCACAGUGCGGUGCAGGAGGCAGCAGUGGGAGUGCUAUCGGAGCUGCUGCUGGAGGUGGAUAUACUCCCCGGCAGGGACGAGGCCGUUAAAGCCACCAUCCAGGGGCUUCUCGCUCUAAGGGGUGGCCCCCACGACAGCACAGACAGCCCGAUAGUGCCGCUAGUAGCGGCAAUCGGAACCUCAGAAGCAGGGCUGCUGUCAAGCGGAGGCGACAUGGAGAUGCGGCUCCUGCAGUGGCUCGUGCAGCUCACCACAGGAGGCACCACUGCUGCUGCGAAAGCUGCCGGGGGUGCUGCUGGUGGCGCGGCGGCGAAAGGAGGAGGAGGAGGAGGAGGAGGAGGAGCAGGUGAAGGGGGUGCGGGGGGAGCGGGGGAGGAGGAGGAGAGGGUGAUGGAUACGGCAGCGAUGGCGGCUGAGGUGUGGCCCAAGGUGGCCAAGGUGCCCAGGAAGCGGAGAGCCCCGGCGCUGCAGUCCGGGGAGCUCUUUACUGCAGUGCUCCAGGCGGUGCUGUCAGCGAGCACGUACCCGCUCACGUCUCUGGACGACAUCGGUGUUGAUCCAGACGACUUCCUGCGGUACCGGGAAGGGCCAGCAGCAGAGGCGUUAGAGGCAUGCUAUCUAGAAUUGGGAGCGGUCUUCCUAGACCACGUGUCCAUGCUGCUGCGCUCCGCUGCUUCCUGGCAAGCAGCGGAGGUCGCACUCUUUGCUGCUGGCGCCGCCAGUGGCGCCAUCUUGGAUCGGGCUGGUGUGGGGAAGCAGGGAGCGGGAGGGGGAGGAGGGAGGGGAGGGGAGGAAGGGGUGUCGGAGAGUGAGACGAACGCCGCCCGUGUGUUUCUUUCGUCAUUGUUUGCCUCUUUGCCAGGCUCGGCUGCUGUUAUUGCCAAAGACUCCGCCAACAUACCCCCAGCAGCACUGGUGGCAACGGCAAUGCACACAGUGGCGGCCUUUGCACCCUUCUGCGCCCACCACCCACCUGCCCUCGAGGCUGGGGUGCUCUACGCUGUCGCCGCCCUCCACAUACCCAACGCCACGGGCAAGGCAGCAGCGGCGUUGCAGAGUCUCUGCGAUGCAGCGGCGCCCAACCUAGCAGCAGCGCGUGUGCUGGCGCCGCUCAUGCAGUCCUGCGAGGAGGCCCUCGCUGCCGCUGCAGCAGCGCGGGGCGGGGCGGGCAUGGACGUGGGCGACAGAGUGGCAGUGGUGGCGGGGCUGGCGGCAGUGGCAGCGAUGAUGCCGCAACAGGAGGCGCAGCCUGCUUUGGCGAGGCUGGCUGCACCUGCGUUGAAUACUGUGCAGCAGCUGGCGCCCAUGCAGGACGCCUCGCCCUACUCGCAAGCACUCCUCUCAGCAGACCUGAGAGUGAUCGCAGCCAUUGUGUCCACCGUGGGGGACAAGCUCCAUGCCGCUGCCCUCGCCAGCGAAUCAAGUGCAGCAGCAGCCUCAGCAGCCGCCGCCGCCACUGGUGUGUCAAGUCCUGGGGGGUCACCAGCAGCAGCUGCAGGGGGAGGAGCAGCAACAGGAGGAGCAGGAGGGAGCGGGGGAGCAGAGGCGCUGCUGCUGCCGCUGCUGCAGGGCGCCUGGCCGUCAUUUGACUUGGUGGCAGCGCGGUGGGCGGAUGAUGCAGUGGUGGGGGCCGCGCUGUGUGGGCUAUGGGGGGCCACGGCGCGGGCUGUUGGAGGGCAGCUAGCACCGGUGCUGCCGCAGGUGAUCGGCGCUGCUGGGGGGAUGUUUCAGCGCCACCUGCAUGCCGCAUGCCUCAAGUGCCUCGCUGAUAUUGUGUCCAUGCCACGGGUGGGAGCACGGGCAUCACCCGAGGUGCAAGCCAGCCUGGCGGCCAUUCCCGACAAGCUCGCUGCAGCUCUGACCGUUCUCCAAGAAACCAUCACCCGCACAGAUAAAGGCACCAAGUCCUUGCACAGACAUUCCAGACCAGAAGGGCAGCAGGGGCAGGGGCAGGGGCAGCAAGGGCAAGGGCAAGGGCAGGGGCGGUUGUCCCAGCAGGAGCAGGAGCAGCAUGCGCGUGCACUGGAGACGCUGCAGGCGUUGUGGGAUGUGGCGCGGGCGUUUGUCGCGCAUGCGCCCGAGCUGCUGCUGCCCUCCCCCACGUUCCUCGUGCUCUGCCAGAGCGCUGUCGCAUGCAUAUCGUGGGCGGAUUCAGAGGCAGUGGAGGCAGCAGCAGCGUUCCUAGCGGAGACGAUAGUGGGGCAGUCGCUGCUGCACGUGCGCCAGAUGGCUCCUGAAGCGCUCGCCCUAGCUGCCACGCUGCCAGGCUCAUGGGUCGUGCCGCCUGGGCUCAGAGGCGCAGUGGAUGACAUGAGCCGGCAGCUAGGAGGAGCCAUUGUGCAGGAGGUGCUAUCAGCGGUAGCCAAGGGGGCAGUGGGGCACGAGGCAGAGGCAGCCUUAGCAGAUGUGCUCAAUGCACUCUGCUGCACGCAUCCCCGCGAGUGUGAGGCGGCCAUCGUCGCUACUCUCUCCGGCCCCGCCUCGCCCUGCCGCCGCGCCGAACUCUCUCCCCGGCAUAUUGAGCUCUUUGUCGCAGCGGCCACACGCCAACCGCCACAUCCCCGCCGCCGGUUCCACUGCCUGAUGUCUGAUUUUGGCAAAGUGACAAGUGCGCUUAUGCCACCUGAGGCUUUUGAAGGCUACUGA